AUGGAGUACCGGCAGAAGUCUGCACGGCUUCCAAAGUCAGCUGAAGAGAAGUUGCGGUGGCGACGCGUUAUUAUUAUUCUUGAGCACUGUCCUCUCUCUGUUGUGCGCACGGAUUACGGCUUUGAGCUGCUGUCCGAGAAGCACCGUCAGUACCACGCACGCAACAAGCAGGACCCCGCAGAGUGGCGACCCGACGUUGUCCAUCAGACGCUGCUGCACCUGCUGGACUCUCCACUUAACCGCGCAGGUCUACUGCAGGUGUUUCUGCGCACAAAGAAGGGCGUUGUUAUCGCCGUGGACCCACGCCUGCGGGUGCCCCGACAUAUCCGGCUCUUUGAGAAGAUGAUGGUGUCGUGCCUAUACAAGAUGAAGGUGCGGGCGGCGCAUGGUCACCUUUCGCUGCUGCGUGUUGUAAGGAACCCUGUCACAGACCACAUCCCGCCCAACUGCACCUUGUAUCGUGUGGAGAAGGACGGUGACGAGGUUCCGGACCUCUACGCCUUCUGCGCCGCAUGCGGUACGGCCGAUGGUGGGGCCACGAAAACCCAUGAAGGCGCGGCUCCUGCAGUGGCGGUGGGGGACGCCCCGUCCACACACUUUGCGCAGCGUCAUAGCGAGGCUGCCGAGGCACGUCAGUUUCACCCGUUUGCGUUUAUUGUUGGUGGCAUGUCGAAGGGUGACGUUGACGCGCCGUACGCCCCGAAGGGAGAGGUGAAAAGCAUCCGCAUCAGCGACAGGGGCAUGUCUGCAGCAGCCGUAUGCAGCGCCAUCACGCACGCCUUUGAGGAGGAGUGGCUUCGUGAGGACAAUGAGACGGAGUAG